UGAGGGGUGGGGUCAGUAGUCGCAGGUGAGUCAUGUGAUUGAAGAGGGAGGCGGCUCUCAGAUAGGAAUAAGAACCACACCUGAGGACAGGUGAGAAUGCUUCCUUGGCAAAGGGACUUAUUCAAAACACCACUUCAACUCACUUCUCUCUGUUGGACCCGUAAUUGCUGUUGCAUUGCUCAGUUCAAAUUGAACAGAUUCAUUUUUGCUUGAGUGGUUGCAUCUCAAGAAGAGCCAGAGGUUGACACUGAGGAGGAAGAAGGACUAUACUGCUGCACACAAAACUUCAAUCUCUUAUCAGAUGAACCUGAUAAUAACCAAAGCAACCUACACCACUUAGACCAAUAUUAGUGUACUCUUUAUUUUAUUUCUUUUUUAUUUUGCCACCUCUGAGGAGCCAAGCCCAUCACUCAGAGAGAUGUUUGGGCCGGGGCAGCUGAUGACAGCUCUCAGCCCUCCACUUCUACACUCGUCUGCGGCCGCUGCUCACCUCUUCCCUGCCUUCCCCGGCCGCCUGGGCUCCCCUCCCAUCCUGCUGCCAGGGCCCCUCUUCAGCUACGAGCUCCUGCGCAGCUACCUGCAGCCUGAGCCCUGCAAGCAGGCUCUGCUGCUGGCCUCUCAGGCCGCUGGUCUGAGCCACCUGGCUGAGACCGUGGAUGAACAACGGCCAGUGAAGCAGCGGCGGGCGCGCGCCAACUACAGCAGCUGGCAACUGGAGGAGCUGGAGAAGGCCUUCGAGAGCACUCACUAUCCGGACGUCUUCAUGAGGGAGGCCCUGGCACUGCGGCUGGACCUGAUUGAGGCCAGGGUGCAGGUGUGGUUUCAAAAUCGCAGAGCAAAGAUGAGGCGGCAGAUAAAACUGCAGGGACAUGCGGGGGACCGGUGCAGCAGGAGGGACAGCGACGCCGACAGACAAAAGAUGGACAGAUCCAGCCUGAGCCGGAGCCCUUCAGAGGGCCCAAACGCAAACCACUGGGAGAGGAAACCAGAGAGGGGAGGAGGAAACUGCUCUUGGCCCAAACCUCCCCAGGUAGCCAUUUUGGCUCCGGCCCCCGCUGCUGGGAUCCAGGGGUCCGAUAGUCAGGAGCGGGGCGAGCAGGGGGGGCCCAGCCCAGAUGAGUUCCGCUCGUGCAGCAUCGCCAAGCUGAGGGCCAAGGCCAGGGAUUACGAGGCGGAGAUCCACAGCACGGUAGCCAAAGCUGGGUGGCAGAGACGGCUACAAACCCAGGUGGCGGCUACAGAUGUGGGGAGUGACUGAGGGGGAGUGACUGAGGCAGUGCUACAUUCUAUGGGCCACAUAGGUACACAUUUUGAUCUUCAGACACCACAACACAGAAUGUUUUAAGAGCCAUGCAGUUUCCUAUUUUAUUUAUUUGUUGCUGCAGAAAAGAUUUGGGCCAGUGAGGCUGCGCUUUUUCUUUUUGGUGUGCAAAUAACUUUGUAGAUAUUAUCAAAUAAAUUUCAUUAACUUUCUCAUUUGUGCAUUAAGCCAGACUAUUAUUUUCUGUUGCUUUGUAAAUUCGGUUGAUGAAACUGAAUAUGAAAUUGGGUCUAUUUAUUAUGUCAUACCCAUUAAUUAGUUUUGCUUAUCACUUACUGCUUACUUUAAACAGAUCCAAUGCCAGAAAGUUGAAUGUGGCUGGAACAGUCUGCUACAUCUUUAUUACUUUGCUUUACAUUUUUAUUUAUCUUUGCCUUUCAUUUUUGAACUCCCCAG